GAGGGAGAGAGAGAUAAGGAGAGAGAGAGACACACACACAGGAGGUAAAGUUUACAGAGAUCAAGAGCACAAAAGUUUCACAGAGAAUCGAAAGGCAGAAACGAGUGGGUCCAUUGGGUCAGAGCCACAGAUCUGGGAGAGUCAAGUGCCCUCGAAGUUAAUCCCAGUGUAUUGUAAGGUCACACAAUAUGAAGUGGUCUGAGUUGGGAUGGACAAGAUUGACUGCUUUGCUAUUAAUAGCGCAAACAGUUGUUGCAACCACCAGCCCCAAUGCUACCGCUGAACUGGAUGCAAUCCUGGGGAAAUAUAUGGAAGAAGAGGAAAGGCAAUUGACUUCUGAAUCAGCCACAACAACCAUGAGCUCCAACAUAACUGCUGGUUUGGAUUCAAUCUUGGCAAAAUACAUGGAGAAGGAAGAACAUCAAUGGACCACCAGAAGAGCAAAAAGGUCCAUUACAGAUAGUGAUAGGCAAGUCAUUUUGGAUCUUCACAAUAAACUGCGAGGUCAGGUUUCCCCCAGAGCCUCAAAUAUGGAAUAUAUGACUUGGGACGUGGAGCUGGAGAGAUCGUCAGAAGCUUGGGCAUCAACCUGCCGAUGGGAACACGGACCUGGUUACCUGCUACCAUCAAUAGGACAGAACCUUGGUGCUCACUGGGGAAGGUACCGGCCCCCCACAUUUCAUGUCCAAGCAUGGUAUGAUGAAGUCAGAGACUACGUGUAUCCGUACUCUCAAGAAUGCAAUCCUUGGUGUCCUUUCAGAUGCUCUGGACCCGUGUGUACGCAUUAUACUCAGGUAGUAUGGGCAACAAGUAACAAAAUUGGCUGUGCCAUCAACUUAUGCACCAACAUGAACAUCUGGGGUCAGGUCUGGCCUAGAGCAAUUUACCUGGUUUGCAAUUAUUCUCCCAAGGGGAAUUGGUGGGGCCAUGCACCUUAUAAAUAUGGGCGUCCAUGUUCUGCCUGUCCACCCAGCUAUGGAGGAGGAUGUAGGGAAAAUCUAUGUUACAAAGAGGAUGGCGCCGAGAAGCACUUCACUCCUGAACCAGAGGAAGAAACCAACGAGGUUGAGCGACAGAGGACAAAAGCUCGAGCACGAACACAUCAACCAACAGAUUCCUCAAGAACGGAUGUCACUGACAUGAAUGAGGUUAUAAACACUGAACAAAUGUCCCAGUUGUUGACGUGUGAAACCAAACUGCGUGACCGAUGCAAAGGGACAACUUGUAACAGAUAUGAAUGCCCAGCUGGGUGUUUAGAGAGUAAAGCUAAAGUUAUUGGAACUCUGCAUUAUGAAAUGCAAUCAAGUGUGUGUAGAGCUGGAAUACAUUACGGAGUGUUGGACAAUGAAGGUGGCUGGGUAGAUAUUACCAGACAAGGAAAGAAACCUUUCUUCAUAAAAAACAACAGGAAUGGGGUCCAGUCGAUUGGCAAAUACAAGCCUGCCAAUUCAUUUACCAUCUCAAAAGUAAUAGUUCGAUCUGCUGACUGCCAGACAAAAGCGAACCAGAUGUGUACAUUCACCAAACCAGUUUCACACUGCCCAAGGAUAUAUUGCCCAAAAAAUUGUUUGCAGGAAAACCCUCACCUUGCUCGGGUGAUUGGAACUCACAUCUACUCUGAUAGGUCCAGUAUUUGCAGGACAGCCGUACAUGCUGGGAUCAUUCGCAACCAUCUAGGCGGGUACAUUGACAUCAUGCCGAUUGACAAGAAGAAAUAUUACAGUGGUUCAUACCAGAACGGAAUCUUCUCUGAAAGCCUUAGGAAUCCACCCGGAGGCAAAGCAUUCAGAAUAUUUGCAAUCAUCUGAUUCUGGUGAGAAAAGCACAUGCUAAUAAAGGCAGCACUUGGAAGAAAGAAAAGAAAGGGAAUGUGCAAACUAUUUCCUGUACUUUUUUGCUCCGUUGUGAUUUUUGGCAGAAAGUGUUCAACUCAUUACAAACCCUGUAUCUUGCAUUACAAAAGAGUGUUGCUGAUCACCCAAACACUGCUGAGAGGCCCUUAGUAAAUUACCAGUAAAUGUACCCUUGUAAAUUGUAUACAUUUUUUAAAAAAAUUGCCUUUCAAAGUUACUGUUACUUAACAGAAUGCUGCUAACCCCACGACACAAAUAAAAUAGAAACAAAGCUGAAAACCAAGAUUGGAUGGGAUUUGAUGUAAGAGCUGAAGGCUUUGACAACCUGGCAGGCCAGGAAGUACAUUAUAUUAUAGUAACAUACUCAUCUAGAUAGAUAUAACCAGCUUCCCUUGUACAGACAAUACCUUAAAACCUAGGAUAUAUGUCACGCCUCAGUCGCUUUUCUCUCUUUUUAAAUCAUUCAAGCUUGCAGACCAGUACUAUGUGUUUAUUUAAAAAUAAGUAACCCAUUGGAGAACAAUAAAAGGCAGCUUGUGCACAAGUAGAGUUUUACAAAAGAUAUUUGUUGGUAUGUCUGUGGUGAGCAAAGUAUGGUGUGAUAUUUAGAUCAUGUGUGCUAUGGUAUACAAAAGAUCGAAUGUUGACCUGUUUCCAUGGAAAGAAAAAUGCUGUGCUUUUAAACUGCAAAGCUGAUUACAUUUAUUUAUAUUAUUCUGAUGGUUUUGGUGCCUUUUGUACUCGUAAUGUUUAAACAUUUUAGGAAAUCUGCCUCUCAGAGAAUGCUUAUCUGCCAAUAUGUAUCUUCACUACCUCAAAUACUCGGUUAUACUAUAUGUGCUCAAACAGACUUCUAUUUACAAUGUAAAAGUGCUUUUCUCUCUCUCUUGUAGUUAGUCAAAGACCUUUAAAAAGCAAAAUGUGUUACCGUUCAACUUGUCAUGAGUUGGUGUGAAUGGAUCCAGGAUUUAGUACUGUACAGUAGCGAGGGUUAUUUUCCCACAGAAGGAUAUGGCGUCUGAAAUUAAAAUCAAUUGUAAAUCAGCGAAAAGACAAAUGAUAUUACAGAAUUCUCACUGCUACUUCAAUUCUUUCCCAUCUUUGUUUUUCUUUUAAUGAAGCCUGAAAGAACUCCAUCUACUGUAUCUGCUCACUGUGUCUGUGUGUAGCAGUCAGAUAACAGCUGUACAAUCUCACCUACAUUUGAUGGAGUGUGUCAGUGUCUGAUGGUAACUAGAAGUUAGGUUCAAAUUCCUCGUUUGAAUUUCUGUGCAAAUGUGCCUGCUGUGCUUCUUUCUGUGUAGUUUUGAAAUAGAUGGUUUGGAAAAAAACACGUUAGCCAGUUGUGCCUGAAUCUUGUACCCCAUUUGAUAACAUUUUUAUCACAGUCCUAUAGCAGUAUGUUGAGCUUACUGAAAAUAUUUAUUGUAUGCUACUAAAUCUGUACAGUUCAAAUAAAAAAAGACCAACCUAUUAAUGUCA